UUUCCCUUAAAUUUUAGGAUUCGUAAUCAAUGACAUCUCUGUCAGUUUCGCUCGCGUGUAUUUAUAUUUUCGUCUUAUCAUUCUUCCACACCACCGUCAACGCCUAGCCUAGCCAUGACCACCUCCUCCGCCUCUUCCCGCAAGUCGUUAAGCAAGAUAGCAAUCAAUCGGCUGCAGAAAGAACUACGGGAGUGGCAAGUCAAUCCCCCAAAUGGUCUCAAACAAAAAAUCAAUGAUAAUCUCCAAAGGUGGGUGAUUGAAGUUAAUGGAGCUCCGGGAACUCUUUACGCCGACGAAACUUAUCAGCUUCAAGUCGAUUUUCCAGAGCAUUAUCCGAUGGAAGCUCCUCAGGUGAUAUUUCUGCAUCCGGUACCAUUGCAUCCUCACAUUUACAGCAAUGGACAUAUUUGUUUAGAUAUUUUGUAUGAUGCAUGGUCUCCUGCUAUGAACGUGAGUUCCGUCUGUAUCAGCAUUCUCUCCAUGCUAUCAAGUUCUACUCUGAAGCAACUCCCUGAUGAUAAUGAUCGCUAUGUGAAGAACUGUAGGGGUCGGUCUCCCAAGGAAACCAGGUGGUUGUUUCAUGACGAUAAAGUUUAAUAACGGAGGUUUCAUCCUCAUCAUCAACAGUCAAUGUAUGUAAUUCUGAUGCCUUUCAUCCUCUAAUAGAAGUGAAACGGACAGACAGAAGAAAUCUGAUAGACUGGAGUGGUGUCAAUUGUGAAUUCUAUGCUGUAAUUGGUAAAUUUUGCCUGGAAUGUGUAAAUGAAGAGCAGCUUUACUUUUCUCUUAUUUCAAGCAAUAAAACAUGUCCUUACACAAUCCAAACUAUUGGUAUCUUGUUAUUGAAAAGUUCCCGUUGUUCCCAAAUU